UCUGCUCUUCUUCUCCUUUCUUCCCGCUGCAGCCACUCGAAAGAAAAAAAAAAGAGAACCCAGCCAUGCCUUGGAAAAUUGGUAAGGAAGCUUGGAAUUUCUCCUUCUUUCUUGUCCAAGAACCUGAUUUUGAACCCAGAAAUCUCCCUCCCCUGCUGGAAAAUCCGGAUCUGCUUUGCUCUGUCCGUUGGCUGCUCUUGUUGUGGGGGCAAAUUGCUUUGAAUUUUCGUUCCUGUGAGUUUCUCCCUUGCACUGCCGCCGGCUUCUUCCCCCUGCUAGGUCCGGUUUCUACAGUUGGAAAAUUAUGCACAUGUCGACAUGUUAGUGAAAGAGCCGGUUCGUUCAACCCAGCUAGUGGGGGUUAUACACCAGCAAAUCGUGGCCCUGCUAGUGGGGAUUAUACACUGGCCGUGACCUAUAGAGGAGACGUCUAUUUCGUGCCCGUACUGUAUCUGUUUUCGUGAUUGUACUUGUUGGCAUGCUAUAAGUUUAAUAAGGGCACUCCAUAUUUUACUUACUGAGUUUAUCUCAUAGUUUUUUCCUUGUCCACCAUUUCAGGAAGUGAAACUGAGGACGGGGAAACCACGGGAAGUGACGAGUUAGAAAGCUAGCCAUUUCGAGAUUGAUAUAAAUUUUAGAUAUGAAUCAUGAUCUUGUAUUUGGAGAUUUUAUGAUAUAAGAGGAAUUUUAAAGAUUUUAUCGUCAGAUUUUGGUGGUAUCAGAUUGUGAUAUGA